UCUAUAGCUCGAGUUUCUACUCAAAAUGGGGGCUAAACCCUCAUCUAUAAGCGAUUUGCAACACAACCCUGUCCUCCAAAUAUUUACUGGAGACACAGCGAUUGGGGAAGAAGAAGAGUUUUGGCAAGAUAUCUUGGCGUUCUCGUUUCAAGCUCCCUACAACAGGUUAGCUAAAGCCAAAUUAAUUUAGUCCUAUAUUUGCGCAUUAAUUUUUCUUUAAAUCUGAGAGAUGAUUUUGAAAGAGCCAGGUAGGACUGAAGUGUGAGCUUCUCUAUUUGACACUUUCUGCGCGGAGGGAUAGUAUUUCUUUUAAGACCUAACUACAUGUCAAAUAUAGGUACAACGAUCGAUAAUUUGCUUGUAAACAUUGGCUGAGUUAUUAAGUUUAUGAUUUCUUUUGUGAAAGCAAUCUGUGGCUUGUACUUUGAUUCUGGCGCACUUUCGUACAGAGGGGAAGACGCAUAGAAUGGUUUUGGAAAUUUCGUCAGGAAUUAUUUGUUUUGAUGAAAAAGUUAGCAUGUUAUUCACUUGAUUUACCACAGUCUGGUGAUUUAAUUGGCAAUCACGAGAUGGUUAUGGAAUGGUAAGGGGGCUCCUUAAAUUUCGUUUUCGAAGCUUUGAAAGUGCUGUUCGUUGAUUCAUAUGGUUUAUCACUCGGUCAUAUUUAGUUUGCCCAUACUAGCUAAAGUAAAAAUGAUGACCAGGCCACUCAAGGGAGAACUAAAGUAACUCGCCUAGAGGAAGAAUUCCGAUCCACUAUCAACAGACUGUUGGAAAAAUUUCGUGACUACAUGCAUUUAGAGUAACUGGACUGAGAUUAGCUUGGCACUUGAUUAUUAAAAAGGCUGAACUUUGGAAAUCCAUUGUUUUCCCAACAAAAGGGUUAAUACAACAACUUUUCAAAAGUUAUUACUGGGUGGCUUCUUAUUACAUCUGCCUUUGACUUGACUUGGACAUCAGUUGUAGAACUACUUAUUUCACUUGCCUUCUGUUAUUAUACAGCCAGCAACGUAACAGUUUCUUUUCAAAGGAAAUAACUGUGAGACUAUUGUAUUAUUAUGACAUGGCCAGUCAACUGCUUUUGUUAAUUUUCUUAAACAUUACUGACUGCCUGUAGAACUUUCAACUGUUUAUAAUGACCUGUACUUUCAUUCAAAGAUACAGCAAGGCUUUCAAAAUUCAAGAGCAAGCUCUAGACAUGUGUUGGAGCUAAAAUUAUGUGCCACAAACCAAUGAAGAGGCAGAACCAGUGGUCACAAACUUCCUUUGCUGCCUACCACUAUAUGCCCAAAAUUUAUGCCAGUCACAUGAGGGAUUCCCAUACACUUUUGAAAACAACACUAAUGAUCACUGAAUUUAACCUGCCUAGAGUGUAUCUUAUAUACUAAAUUGAUUUAAUUUACUAUCUAUGAGGCUUAUGCAGAGCAUUUCCAAAUGAACCAUUGAUAAAUUUUAAAGUUCAAAAUGUCAACAAUCAUGCCAAAUAAAGGAUGUAAUUGAAGUCAUAAGCCCAAAUGUUAUAAUAGUGGAAUAUUUAGAGCUGGGAAAGAAAUUUUUAGACUUGGUUUUCAUGCAAAUCAAAGAGAGUAAAAAUAGUGCACUUCAGUCUGUACCCACAAUGCUUAAAAUUUUUCUUACAAUAUUUAGGAAAAAGAAAUUAUCACUCUCUCUGCUAUAUCUUUUUAUAGGAUUUUUUCAGUUUACAUUUCCUUUUUUGUUAGACAAAACUGUACUUCCACGUUUACAAACAGAAUUGAAAUCAACAUAGUUUUCCUAUUCUUUCAGUGCUGAUGCCAGAUUGUUGGAGGAAGCUACAGAACCAAUUUGUCAAAGGCUAGGUACGUGUUCAAAUAUUUGAAACUUGUUCCAAGCGAGCAUCAAUUGAUAUUAGACUAUUUUGAUUUAUAAAAUCCUUCUUAGGACUUAAUCUACACUAGAUUAAUUUAUCAUAAAGUUAGUUAAUUAUUAUUUCAUCUUUUCAGUUGGAAACAAUUUAACAACAAGAAAUUUUGUCACCCUUAUAAAAGUGUUUUUGAAAAGAAUACCAGAUUUGAAAGACAGUACAAAAUGUGACAAGUAAGUAUUAAUAGCUUUGUUAAUUGGUUUUUACUCAAUUCUGUUAAAAGUUCUUUUCAUGCUGUUAAUAUUAAGAGGUAACUUGACUGUCAGGUAUACAAUUCAGGAAUUGAUUGGCAAGUUGAGUACCAUGUGUCUGUGUCUGUUUUUUUUAUGUUUUUAAAAACAUACUUGGAGCAUUUUUUCUCAGAGCAUGUAUGUGUAUACUCAUCUAAAGCUUGUUUGGUUGUUUGGAGAGUUCAGCUGUGGUUUGACCCAUUUUUGUUGCAGUUUGAUUAAAAUUUUACCUGAAGAAAUUUCUUCAUAUGUUACUCCUCGAUUUCCUUUGUCCAAUUGUGGACAAAAUGGAAAUUAAGAGUCAACCAGAGUCCAGCUGUAAAUCAAAUUACAACACAGUGAUAACCCUUUAACUCCCAAGAUCUGAUUAGCAGUUCUCCCCUCUUGCUUCUACAUUUUCUUGUAAUUAGUUACUAGAAUUUGGUGUUAGAUCAAGAUAACAACUUCUACUUAAGUUUGAGUUUGUGAUCACCUGUUUGCUAAGUAAUAUUUGGAUUUUUUAGGGAGAAGUGACUUGCAUGUUACUUCUGGUAGAUAAAGGCUUUAAGUUGAUAAAACCCACAUGUUGAUUGAACAAGGCCUCAGUUUGAGAUUUUCCUUUCAUUUGAUAAAUACAAUGCUAGUCCUUCAAAAUGUAAGCAUACCAGUCAGAGUGCUUUAGUUGAAUUAUUUUUCUGCCUGACUGAUAUCACAUCAAUUUUUUUUGCUUUUCACAGCAGUGACUUCACAUCGGAGAGCUACAAUGCCAUCCUUCUUGUUCGUAGUUUUUCAAAAUAUUUUAUAGAGAUGUUACCCAAUGAAGAGGUUAUCAGGCAUUUAGGAGGCUCUGUAGUGAAAUCUCAAAGUGACGAGGAUGUGUCUGGCUUCUCUGGACAAGUGUUGCACUGCACAGGUGAUGAUUGAUGCAUAACAUACAUAUACUGUUAUAGGUGAUAAAGGUGAUAAAUUGUUGAACUUUCUAUGAGCAACUCCUCCUCAGUUGGUAUUAAUACCACUUGUUGGCCUGCCUCUGCUGGACCCUUUGACCAAAUUCCAUUUUAAUUUUGUGGGAUGUAUGAAAAAAAACAUAGCAAGUUAGCAGCAGGCUUAGUUCAUCUAUAAACUGUUGAUCAAAUCAGCUGCAGGACCCAGUUGUUCAAAGGAUGGAUAAUGCCAUCAACUGAAUAAAUAACCGUCUGAUUGAUCAAUGUUGACAAAACACACAGAGUUGUCCACUAGUAAAGAUCUACCCAGUGAAUGGCAUUAGUCACCCUUUGAACAACUGGGCCCAGGCCCCUGUUGUUUGAAUGGUGGAUAAUGCCAUCCAAUAGAUACAUUUCUACCACCUUCUGAAAAACUGCAGUGAAAAGGAACCCAAUAAGAAUAUGAGAUGUAAGCUAGCUCCCAAAAUUGACAAAUAAUUUCACCAUAAUGAUUGAAAUAUUUCUUAAUUUCAGAUACUCUGUUUAUUUGUCAAUUUCCAUUCUUUCAGGACAUUAAAAAAUGAAUAAUAAUUACUAUUUUGUUGACCUUGAUAUAUAAAAGUUGGUACCAUUUUUAUAAUUUAUUAUCAGUAUUAAACAUGCAAUGAUUACUUGUUGCACUGCUACUGUCCUUGCCUACAUAAAAACUGACACCCACAUCUGUGAAUAACUGCCAUGCAUGCAGUUAUAGAAUUGUAUUCAUUUAAUGUUCAUGAUCUUUUAUUGUCUGCUUUUGUAGACUGUGGAAUUAUAGAGGAUCUUAUUUGUGGUCUUAUUGAUGUCAUUGUUAAUGUGCCUGUCAGGUAUCAUAAAAUAAGAUUUUUUUUUCUAAUUUUAGAAUUAUUGAAUUUGUUAAUUUAAUUUAUUAAUUUUCUAUUAUGACUUGAAUAGCAUUUUUACCUGAUAUUGUCAGUACAGAAGUUUAGAUACGUAUAAAGUAAUUAUUUGGUUAUUGUUAAGCAAUUCUUCUUUGCUAUAUGUAAUGCACAGGUAUCAGGAUUACGUGAAGUAAAAUGAUUUAUGAUUGUUGACAAACUUCUGCUAAUACAAUGUAUAUCUAUUAAUAGAUAAAUGAACUUAUGGAAUCAUCUUGCUUAGCUUUUUAUUGAACAAUUUAAACAUACAUUCUUAAGUCUCAAUAUUCUAUAGCUUUUCUUUUCUUGCAUCUUAUUUUUCCCGAUACAUAAGCUACAUGAUACCUGUACUAGCAUACAGUGCAACUGACUUUUACUGGGACCAGAGGUUGAUUUUUUUUCCAUUGUUUGUUUCAACAGUGAAGUGACAUAUCCCAUUCAUGUUGAAGCUAUAAACACUCUGUUGGUCAUGUUAUCAGUUCAGAUGUUUGACUCUGGUGCAUCUCACAGUAGUAUCUUCUAUCAGGUUAUCAUGAAGGGAAAAUGGUAAGAAAAACAUAAUAAGUAUUUCUAAUUAUAUUGAUUGUUUGGAUAUGAAAAUUUUGCUUGUUUUUGUUUCUUUAUAGGAAACUGUAUGUCAAUGUCUGUCAGAGUACUUAUAUCUAUAUGUUUUGACAAAGGGCAACAACUUAAUAUGUCACUUUUAAAACUCUUUACGGUGGCCAAUUUAUGUUAUCAACUGCUAUAAUACUGAACUGCCCUACUUAUAUGUAUAUUUGGUUCUGAUAUAAAACUACUCACAUGACUCAUAGAAAUUAUAUAGUUUUCAAUCAAAUGCCUAAUUAGCAGUUAUGCUCUUUGUUCAUUAUAUAACACUAUAUAUAACUCUACUACUUGUGCUAUCCAUUAUUCAUUUGUCUUGUCUAGUAAGUGGUUGUGAAUGAAAUUAGUUACUCCAGACAUACAUGUUGUACUUUUGGCAUUCCACUCCAAAAAAUUAGGCAUCCAUGACUGCAUGUGAUAUUUUCUAUUACAUAUAGCAAUUCAAGUGCAAAUGACCUUGUCAGAGUUCUUUUAAAGAACUUCAUCAAAAGUGAGAAAACGCCAGCAGAGCUUACAAGAGUUACUAAUGGAGGCUGGUUUUGUAAGUAUUUGUUGGCUGUCCAGGAAUUUUCCUUGAUCUUUAUAGAACAAGUACAGUAUACUGAGGGUUGAUGGCACUUUACAGUGUACAAGUGAAUAUUAGGAGGAAAUUAAAAAGUAAAGAUUGUAUUUCACAAAUACUGAAGAGGUACUAGUGGUAUAUAGAAUUGCUCUUUCAAAUUUACCCACAUGUUUAAGCUUGGUUGUUUGACAAUUUUUUUUUAUUGUUUGAUCAAAGACUACUUUAUAUUUGUUUAUUCACCUUGUCAUGGAAGCCUGAGGAUGAUGAAAAGUCAGGGUGGGGGAGGGGGAGGGGGAAGGUGGAACCUGCAAUGGACAGGAAUCCUAUGUAGGGAGGGCCUCAGAAUAGCAACACACCUUGAUAUUUAACUGGGAUGAGUUCUUGAAGGAUGGGCAACAUUCCUUGUAUUCAGAUUAUGCUGACCACCCUGUUAUUGCAUUAAAACUGCCAUUAACAUGACAGUGGUAGAAUUAAUGGCAUCUCUCAUUUUCUUUUUCACUUUUUUUAGCUGGUGUAUGGUCAUGGUUUGGCUCUCAAGGCACAAGUGAAGGUGACUCCUCCCUUAUGGCAAAUCAGAGCUUAUUGUUGCUGCUUGUUCUUGUUAAUCACUGCACGCAGGACAAGAAAAAAAUAAAUCCUUACAGACAUGCACUGUUUUGCUUCACAAAUAGGAAACUCAAAGGUAUUUGAAAUUUUUUAAUCUUCCUACAUGUACUUACAAUAGCCAGAUUGCUCUAAAAAUGGAAUUUUUCUGUAACUGUUCUUGUAUAUUGGUUUUUAUUUUUCAAUCUGAAAGAUUUUUUUACACAAAUGCAUACAAUCUUGGAAGAUUGUACUAUAAGAUGUUUGGAUGCCUCCUUUCACAUAUUCAAUACUAUUUUUAUACAGAAAACAUGAUGGACCAAGACAAUUUGGAUAAAGAGGGUGAUCCUCCCUUUACGCUCCACAUUGGAAUGCUGUUCUCAGCAAUCUGCAGGUUGGCAUUAGUGUUUUGUUUAUCUGGCAGAAGGUCUAGGUUUGGGUAAAAAACUGUGUCUAAGUCUUGCAUUUUUUCACUUAGGAUUAACCUAGAACAAUAGAUACCUUCAUUUUGUUUUCUUGACUUUGGUUUCCUUUUUCCACCUUGCUCCAAAUGGCACAGAAAAACAAUGUCAGACUCUGGCCUGUGUUGUCAAAGCUGGCCUGUUAUUAGGGCAUGAUUAGCCGAUCAGAUGAAGACUCUGUCUCGCUGAGAUGUUUCUGCAAAAAAAUAUUAUUAAGUACUGGUAACACCUUUGAUGUACUCAAUCUGGCAGUUCUACUUUAAGACGUGAAAACUUGUUUAAGGACCUUAUUACAGAGGAGACUGAAAAGAAUAAUACUUCACUGUUUUGCUACUUGUGUACUUAUAUGUAAUGUAGGUGCACUGAAUGAUUGUUGCAGUCAUUCAGUUAUUGUGUUAGAUAAUGAUCAUGGCUGUAGCAAGGCCUUUUCUGAAUCAUAUUCUACUAUGGUCAUUCAUUAUGUCCGAGACUUAAAGGUAAUUGUUGAUGGAUGUUGUUGGUUACCAACAGAGAUCUACAUAAAGAUCAAACAACACUUCUGUUGUAUUUAUUACUGCAUCGCAAUUCCAGUGUGGCAUCUUUUAUCCUGUCAAGGACAGAUAUUGAUAACUUGGUAAGGGCUAUAUUUUUGUAUUUGUGAGCAAGUCCCAAUUUUAUUUGCAAAUGUCACACCCUUGUAAAACUCUCUUGAAGAAGUAUACUCAAAGUACCUACUACCAAAAGUCAAACUCAGAACAAAUUCGUAUCCAUGGUGCCUUAUACUAGUGGGGCAUGUUCACUUUUUUAUAGUACGAAGCUACAAAGAGCAUUUUUCCUUCUCUUGCAUGGUUAAGUCCAUUUUAGGUUUUCCCCCCCUGCCUGAGAAGUAAUUUGUACCCAUAUAUGCUUCUUGGUGGAGAGGCACAGCGAAAGUCAAGUGUUUUGUCCAACAACGCAGUGCAACGACAGCGGUUAUUGAUAACUCUUGCCAUAAGCGGCUGCCGAUGUUGUAAUAGACGGCUGUGCCCGGAAAGGGGUCGAAAGGCAAGACCUAAACACAAAACCCUGUUUACAUGCUAAACAGAAGGUAGUCAGUAUGAGGUUUAAUAGGCAGCAGUGGACUGCCAGUAACCGGGUUUUAACGAAUCCACUUCAUGACCUGCUUGAGGCUCGAACGUGGACUUAGUGAUCCUACUUCUAAAGCAGAACCCAUCAGGCCACUGAAUACAGUACACAUGCAAUAAUGAAUGUGAACUUGAUAUAUAAAAUGCCUUUAGCUUUUCAGCUGCUGGUCUUUUUAUUUGUUUCUUUCUGUCUUUCCAGGUGAUGCCGAUUCUAAAAUUACUUUAUAACGCUGAUAAUCACAAUGCACAUCAUAUUUAUAUGUCACUUAUUAUCCUGUUAAUUCUGAGCCAGGACGAAAACUUCAACAAGUCAGUUCAUGAGCUGGUAAGAUUUGCACUUUGAGAUAUUUUUUUCUUCUCACACGGGGAUUUUGUAAACUUCGAGUCAUUCCUGAGUAUUCUAACUUCAGCCUUAAACGAACAGUAUCGCGAUGUUUUGUGCAAUUUUAGGAGAAGGAAACUGUUAGUUUAAAUGGAACAGAUAUACUGAAAAUAAUUGUUUGCUCGGAAAGACGAAAACCUCAAAAUCAAGAUCAAACGACAAAAAUGUAUAAUUUAUUUGGCGUAAACGGCUUUGUGUCGCCAAACUGUGUUUAGGACUGAGGAUGUAUGAUGAUGAUUGUUCCGUCUUUGUGUGUAAGGUUUAUCUUAAAAAUUUUCACUUUAAUUAUUUAUUAAUUGGCUGCCGCUUGACCAGCAAGUACUAGAUGUUUUAUUUUCUGGGUUUUCUUGCAGGUUAUUCCCACAAUACCGUGGUAUACAGAACGAGUUAUUACAAAUAUUACCCUGGGGGGUCUACUAGUGUUAGUUGUGCUCAGAACGAUACAAUAUAACAUGACCAAAAUGAGGGUGAGUAUUAACUGUAGAUAUCAUCAUCAUCGUGAGGCAAUUUGACAAUCAAGAAAUAACCAAAAUUUUUGUUUGACAAUUGUACAAAUACACAAUACAUUCCUAUGAAUUAAGCAAAGAUAAACUUUUUUUUUAAUGUGAAAACUUAUGUACUGAUCCUAGGUUCCAGGAAAACUACUUAACUAUCAUCUUAAAUGAACGGUUGGAGCUCCGUUAAACCGUCAUUUUUAUUUAGAAGUACUUUUAAUUAGUUUCUGCAAUUUUUCUCAAGUAAAGUUAUGAUUCUCGCAGUUGAGCGACCAUUUAAGUAAUUGCAGAAAACCCAUGGCUCCCAGAUACUAACUGGGCGCUACUAACAACUGCGCUACGAGGCCACACGUUGGAACUGGGGCAAUUUAAAGUUAGAGGGUUUUUCUUUCCCAAAUUUUUGUUAUAUAAUCGCAGUUCACUUGUGAGAAUCAAUUCAUCGGGCACUGAUAUAUUUGCAAACUAAAACAGUUUAUAUUUACUCCAGGACAAAUAUCUGCAUACUAACUGCCUGGCUACACUAGCCAAUAUGUCGUCACAGUUCCACGCGCUUCACCCAUAUGUUACACAAAGAAUUGUCAGGUAAUGGUUUUUAUACCCACAUUUAUAGAGUAAUUUUUAAAAUAAAGGGUCGAUAAAAAAAUUUAAAAAAACCCCUCCAGAAGUAGUGUUAGUAAACUGGACGCAAUAAAGAAGCGCAGAACGAAAAAGUGAGGACCUUUCCAAAUCUUCUCUCCUUUUUCCCGCUUUGAACAACCAUCGCGCGCCGUUCAAUACACGUUCAAAACAGACUAAAGUCAUUUCGGUACGCUUUGUGACUGUUCCAAAAAAAAUACUCGCUUAGACUUAACCAAACAGUUGUUGUUCAGGUUCCUUUCUGUUCAACUUCAACCAGUAUCCUCGGGUUUGCUCUCAGUUCUCUCUGGUUCCUUUCAGUAUUUUCGUUCCCCUCAUCAGCAGUUGUGCUCACACAGCCGGUGAACGACGGUCUGCCGCCACCUUUAAAACCUUGUUGUGUUGUCUGUUGAACAUGCAAGCCAGCUGUCGUGAUUGGGUUUCGCCUGAAACCACGGCCGCCCAUUACAACAUCGGCGGAUGCUGAUGGGAAAUGGUACUGAAACCCCUGCUUUUACAAAACUCCGUCGUAAAGCCUCUCUCCCACAAAACAUGAAAAAUAUUCGAAAUUCCAAUUCGACUUGAAAACAAUGAACGGAAGAUCCACCUCGUGGAAUGUCCACCGUUACUGCCCAUCGUUAUUAUUAUAAUUAUUAUUGUUAUUUUUACUUGUUUCGAUAGAUCGCUACAAUGACCUUUUUUUGUCAGAGCAUGUCGUCUGUAAAACGUCGUACCGCUUAGACAGCUCCUUAGACGGUGCAUUUAAGGUCGUGAAUACAAAUAGUCACAAACCGCAAUUAUAAGGCGUGUUUUACAUGUAAUACUAAAAUGAGACUUUAACUUUCAUCACUUAUCAUGUGGCCAUUUUUUUUUAGCAAUGCUGCUGAUUGAACGACAGGUUGUAACACAGUAAGCUCCUUCCACAUGUCCGACACAAUCGAAAUGAUUUAUAGCAGAGUUUGACCUUUUUUAGGCUGUAAGGAUCUUAAUUUGAAUUAUAUCGUCCCAAGCGAUUUUUAGCGACCUACUAAGCCGCUAAUUACGAAAGUAAAGUUUCUAACGUGCGACUGUACAGCAUGAUAAUUUUACUUCAGUAGGCCCGGUUUUGCGGAUUAAAAGAAUUUUCGUUUACCGCUGGAGCACGCCUUUUGUGGUUUAAGAUGAAUGAAAUUCUGCUGAGAGCUAGUUCUUUUGAUUUUGCAUUUAGAGGCAGAACAUUAACAAGAAGAGAAAAGCAAUAUUUUCAAAUAUUCUUCCUUGUCAUUUUAUACCGAAAAAAACUGCAUAGUAGAGUGAGUCCGAUUGCGAAUCGACACUUGAUAUGCAUACGAAGUUUUCUGUUGAUUGUGGGUAGUUAACUUUUGCGGGAUUCUUUCAUCUACAAGAGCAUAAAAUGUGGAUCAUUAAAAGGAGAAAACCAGCCCCCAAAUUUUUUUUCGACAUUCUAAAGAAUUAGCCGAAAUUUGUUCAAAGGUUUUCAUUCAGAAUCUGUGUUGAUCAUCAAUCCCCAACCCUAAACAUCACGUUCUUUCUCUCUUUUCCUCUUCUUUGAUAUUUAAGUAGCCUCCCAUUUGAAUGUAUCGUAUCGGAUGCUCCAAUUUGACAAGGGUUUUUUUUACGGCGCAAGAAACAAAGCGAAAUUUGUGACGGAGCUGCUCAAAUUGUCCUUGAUUGUUCUUAGAUCAAUCCCGAUGGAUAUUUACACUCUUGGUUUCUUCACUGUCAUUUGGGCGAUCACCUCAUCAGUUGUGAUUUCAUACUCCUCUUCCUUCCAUGGGGGUAACCUUGACUUUGGAGAGUUUCGGAUCCAAAAGGCUUUCUAAAGUGGUCGCCUUUUAACAAGAAAGCUAUCAACGAAUUUAAUAGGGUUCCUUCUGAUCUGUCUCUGUUGAUCAUUUGAUUUUUUUGUUUUUUCAACUCUAGUUUGUACGCUCUACUGUCAAAGAAGCACGCUAAGGUGACAGAGCUGCUGAAACAAGCUGAAAGUGGCAACCAACAGCAAAAUGCAAACGAAGCUCACAACAGCGACCACGUGAGUAUCUCGGAUUUUUGUCUUGUAGAUAAAUGUUAAAUGUCGGUGGUUCUAAUCGCUGAUGUUCGACACACUGCACACUAAAGACUUUAAAUACUCUGAUCGAAGCGAUCGGCAAAAUCCGCCAUUUGAUACUCCACCGCGAAUUAUGGGUGAUUUUCAAUGAUUGCCGUGAUCGGUGUAAAGACAGAAACUCCGGCUGUGUAGGACGGAAUAACAAUUUUUUUUAAUCAACCUCGCCCUACUGCUUAACUCUCUCAGUAAUAAAACGGGCUACAGAAAACGAGGAAGCCAAGCUUGGACUUCAGUGUUAUAUUCGUUUGCACGACGGCGAUGAACACAAAAUGUUAAGUUAGUCUCACUUACAUUGGAAACUUAGAUCAGAUUUUCAAAUAUCGCAUUCUCUUUAUAUGAUUGUGCUUUACUUUGUUCGUUUGUUUGUGUUCUAUUUUGCUUGAUUUUUUUUUUCGGAAGAAGUGUUCCGCAGUACUGAAAAUAGCCCGCGCAACUGGAGGGAGUUUUGGAGUAAAAGCCAUAUGGCCCUAAGGCCAUAAUAAAAUUAAAUAAACCGCAGAGAGAAUAAGAGAAAAACUUACUUAUCCACACGUAUGACACCAACAUUUAUCUCACACUUCCUGCUGCGCCGGCUUCAUCAGAAACGUGCAAAUAUUCUCUUCUAGAAAAUAUUUGCGGAAAAAAGGAGACAGGUUAUCACCCAAAGCCUGUGAGAUGGAAAGCAGAUUAAGAUUUAUGACCCUCCUACUGCGUUUGGCAGCUCAAUCAAGAUAUCUUAGACGCAAAAAUUAAAUCAAUUACAUUUAGCUACGAAAUAGACGGUCUUUCUUAAGUGCGUGGGGUACUUGUGUCUGUCUUCUACUAAUUAAUAAGUUUCUGGUUUUUUUAAAUGAAAAAAAAAGACUGGCCCUUAACCUGUAUCUGUAGAACCAAACAGAAUUCUACAUAAAAAAUGAAACACAUUUGGUUUUACUUUAAGGGUUAACUGUUUGACUUAGAAGUGGGGUGUCGGUGAUUCUAACGAGCGGCCUACUGCUACGAGAAAAACAAAUUCAAGAACAAUUCAGUGACAAAGUUCAGAGAUAUUUUCAGUUGAUCGUCGAAGGUAGUCUUCAUUACCUUGGUUUGCAUUACUUCGCUUCAAGAUUGGCCUUGAAAAAUCUCGUCAGAUUUACAACAAGACAGCAUUAAGUAAUACCAUUUGUGACUGGUUUAGUCGCGUCUUAAAGCAAGGGUUUCAUUAACCUUUUUCAUAAUUGUCUGCGGAAAGGCGGCUUUGCCCGGAAAAGGCUCCUUCCCUUGGGGAUGUCUUGGGGCAGGCUAAACAGAAGACAGUAAGAGGUCUUGUACACGGCGGUCCACUGGUCACUGGUUUUUAUUGGCACGCCUGUGAAAGAUCUUUCACAUUUAUUUGCUCUGAGUAAUCGUCGGUUCCUUUGUUUUGAUUAGCGUUUGUGACUACUUCGGUAUUGUUUUUUUACGACAUUUGUUGUUACGCACUUUGUAGUAUAUGCAGUAACCGAGAUACAGCUGUACUCCUCUCGCCUUCCCGAACCUCUCUUAUGAUUUGUGUCCAAUUUCCUUCCCCAGCUGGCAGACCUUGCAAUUCUUGAAGAAGUGAUCCGUAUGGUGUUGGAAAUCAUCAAUUCGUGUGUUACCAACACACUUCAUCAUAAUCCAAACCUGGUGUACACCUUACUCCACAGAAGAGAACUAUUCGCUCAGUUUAGGACGCACCCAACCUUCCAAGAUAUUAUACAGAAUAUAGACACGGUGAGUGAAUCCUUUAUGUAACCCUCUAACUGUGAGCAGGUGAGAUGCGAGUGAUACAUAACUUCUUCUCGUUAUAUCAAUACCAACAGGUGAAUAGAUACAAUGCCAAAUUCUCCCAAUGAAUUCUCUAUAGAUUGUGUAACAAUCUGAAAGGAGAAUUAUUCAUCACAUCUUAAGAGUUUAGCAGUUUCAAGAAAGCGUAGAAUUUUUUAGAGAUGGUACAAUAUGCACCGAAAUGGAAUCUUCAAAUUUAAACCUUAAUUUCAAUUGGUAGUUUCGAUUCCUUCGACGUGUGUGUCAGAUUUUGAACUGUGGUUGGAGACCACAAUCAGCUACCACACCCUGUAGUGAGAGCUAUAAAACAGUUUAGGCGUGACUCUUUGUUUUAUCUAUUGAGAAGGAAAUCGUGUAGCCUACAAACAGCUUUAUUUUUCUCUCUGUUGAGUUAUUUUGGGCACAAUGACCUCCUAUAUGGCGGUUGUUGCUAAUCACUUAAAAGGGUUAUCAGUGAUUCUUAUCGAUUGUUCAAAAUGAGAUGACUAAUGCGUAUUUUUUUUUAGGUGUUGGCAUUCUUCAGUGCCCGCCUGGAGCAGCACCCAGAGCAGACGCUGUCUGUUGGAGUGGUGCUCGAUGUCAUUAAACAAGGAACACUUCAGUGGCCUAGAGAUAGACUCAAGGUAACGAGAGUACUUAUGAUGAUGUACGUGUGACGUACACUUUCAUUCCAACAACAUUCUUUUUCCGUGCUAGCUUUGCAUUCAGACAAGCCCAGAGAGCACCUUGUGUAAGAACCCCUGCACUUCACUACCACAAGUUUGGAUCUAUUGAGACUGAUCUCCUUUCUUUAAGAUAAUAACGUUGAUAACGGUUGUUACCCUAUCGUCCUUACUUAGACAGUAAUCAAUAUUCUGCUAAACUUACUGAUGCCGCUCCUGCACUUUCAAGGCUGUCAUUGAGGCACUAAAAAAGCUGUCAUUUCUCUUUUUAAACAAAAUGCAGCGUCAUUGGUGAAGUAGUAAUUGGUUUUUUAAUUUUUUUUCAAACUCCUGCUUUCUGAAGAAAUUUCCUGAGCUUAAGUUCAAAUACGUGGAGGAAGAACAACCAGAGGAGUUUUUCAUCCCAUAUGUCUGGUCCUUAGUUUACAAAUCAUCUACACUUUACUGGAACCCAGAUCACAUUCAACUCUUCCAUCCUGAUUCUGACGAGUCUGGAUCCUAGAGAGCAACUCCAAAUAUGGUGCGGCGGGAACGUAUCCGGGAUGUUGCAGGAUGUAUCAAAGGUUUCGAUAGACAGUGGACUUGUGCAGUAGAGAUGUAACAUUAGAAGCAUCCUAUUUUUAUCCAAUAAUGCAGCUUUGUCCCACUGAUGUCGUAAAAUAUUUUGACACGUUCGUUCUUGAGCAUCAUUUUCAAGGGUCCAAAUCUAGUUGGCCCUGUUGAUUUUUGAAAACGGGGAAAAUAUGUUAGUGCACAAAAAAUUGUAACUUUUAUGCCACCUUUGAUCCCAAACGUAUCCUCUUAAUGAGUGUUUUGAAAGCGUACGUGCUCGUUGAGCGCAAAUCGAUGGUGAACCAACAAUUGACUACACACAUUGAUGAGAUUAGAGUGUCUAAUCAAUAUUUUGUUUACGUCUCGCGACUGUGGAGCUCAGGAAAUUUGGUUAUGCUCUGUGUCUGUGGAUCCAUUUUAAAUUAAGUACAGAAACUUAUUUUCCAUUCGGCAUAGAGAUAGGAGUGUUUAGAUAGUGAGUUACGAACUUAUAGGCAUUUUCCUCAAGCUUGCUCGUGUUUGUUUGAUGUGGUCGUGCAGAUUUCGGUUAAAGCGUCAAGUUACAGCAGUAACGCCCUCAUGCGAAUUGCGAUAGUGUGGAACGAAAACAGAAACUGGAAUAAUCUGAGAAGUAUGUUGAAAUCCUCUAGUUAGCAGACGAAAGCUUGCGCCGAAUUUCACUUAACCUCGGAAGGUUUCUGAGCGUUUCAAUAUCUCAAACAUCCUAGUUAUCCUAUUAAGGAUGUAUGCUCUAAAGUAGAGAUGGAGAAAAAAUUGAGUUAUAAUCGAAUUAGGAACGUAAAUGAAGCAAGGAAUGAUACAAGGAAGUCAAUUCACACCGAGAUUAACUGCAAAUCCUCAGAAAUUACAAGAUUAAAGGGAAUUAAAGAUGUAUUAGUCUGGGAAAUAUUGCAGACAAAUCUCUUAUAUAUCCAAUUCAUGGAAUAUUUCAGUGGAAAUUUUGUUUACUUGAAAAGCCAAGUGGGAUCGCUUAAGAGAUUUAAGGCCAAUGUCGUGGUCCCUGCCUGUUAAAAAUUUUGGCUUCAGUAUUUCAAGUUCGCAAUCUGUCUUAAUCUUCUCCAUCUUUUGCAAUCCUUUUUAUUUCUUGAUAUCUCAUCACCCCUUUUGUGUUUAUAUAUUUUUCCGAACUGAAAUUUUAAUUCGCAGUUUCCAUCGUGGUAAAAGUUGCUUUGCACAGCGUAAGAGGUAGAUUAAAUAUUUGGACUUAGCUCUUCAAAGUGGCUGCAAAGGCGGCAUUUUGUACAACUAUGUAAUUUAGACAUACGCAUAUUUUCUUUGAAAUGAGAGAGGCUUCUUUUAGAGGUCGAUAUGUCAGUCCUUUUGUUAUUCGAGUAGAGAAGUUAUUGUAACAAGAAAUACUCUUCGCGUUUAGUGAAAGCCUUGUAAGAUUUCUUACAGCCCAACAGACAGCUGACGAGCAAUUAACGAGCAAAUUAUGAUAAUUUUAACAAUCUAAUCAUUUAAGGGGGUAUGAUCCGACACAGGUUGUUUGGAUCCUAAUUUAUAUAUAAACAGUUAUAGAUAAAUUUUCAUAGCACAGUUUCAUAUGCAGAUGGGAAAUAUAAUACGAUAUAUUUAACAUAGUUUAAUAAUGAUAACUAAAUUAAAUCUGGGAAAUAAAUAUGUAUAUCAGCUGUUGCAAGGGAAUUUAAAGAAAUUGGUGUCAGUAUUUGUUUACCUUCCUUGGUCUUGAUCAAGAAACAUUGUUUGAAGAAGAAUACUUCAAAAUUUUAGGAUUAGAUUUGGAGAGGUUGUUUUGCAGUCGUAUGCUUUUCUCCAAAUAUUUACGAUUUUUUUUGUAACAUUUUAUAACAGUUUUGGAAAGUGCUGUGCUUGACAAUGCUUUUUCACUCCUCUUGACAAUUUUAAUACGCAUUUUAGUAUAUCGACAUUUCUUCACCGCGGUGUUUGUUCGUUUGUAUGGCGAUGGUGCAUUGACAAGCGAUAGUCAAUUGAGUGUCGAAAGUAAUCCCAGACUGCAUUGGUGACUCGUGUUUUCUGCUCUUCAACCCUAAGCUAAUUUUUUUAUUUUAAUUUAAAUUUUGAUUGGUUAAGCUGAUGUUUUUCUUUUGUUCUGACGGGCUGAAUUUACUACUUUGUUUGUGGUUUCGUGACACUCGACUGAAUAGCCCUCUCAGCUAGAAAAUGCGGCAUUGCGGUUGUUCAGAACCUUUUAUCAGGCUUACUUCGCGAAGUAAAGUCAGAUUUGUUAAGUUUAACUGUUCUCAAAUCAUCUUAACCUCGUAAUAUAUUUUGUUCCACAUCGCUCUUAAAGGUGCGAGCACAAUUAUCAGUGAAACAGCACUUUGAUAUGUAUUUCUUUAUAUGCUAUAUACCAUUAAACGUUAAAAAUA